AUGGAGGCGGUGGAGUUGAAGCGCGUGUUCGAGAUGUUCGAUAGGAACGGGGACGGGAGAAUAUCGGUGGAGGAGCUGAGCCAUUCGUUGGAGAAUUUGGGGAUAAAGAUUUCGGAGAAGGAGCUGACGGAGAUGAUCCAGAGGAUAGACGUCAAUGGCGAUGGCUGCGUGGACAUCACGGAGUUCGGGGAGCUCUACGAGUUGAUAAUGGAGGAGCGGAACGAGGAGGAGGACAUGCGGGAGGCCUUCAACGUCUUUGACCAGAACCGUGACGGCUUCAUCACCGUCGAGGAGCUCCGCACGGUACUCGGCUCCCUUGGCCUCCACCAAGGGGGCAGCAUGGAGGAGUGCAGGAAGAUGAUCGUGAAAGUGGACGUUGACGGAGAUGGCAUGGUCAAUUACAAGGAGUUCCAGCAAAUGAUGAAGGGUGGGGGAUUCACUGCUCUUGGUUAA